AUGUCGGGACCUAUCACCCCACUGAAAACGGAUACGGUCAAGAUUGGAGCCCAGGGCUGCGACUUGCACCAACUCGGGCUCUAUCUCCUCGUGCACGGUUUCCUGCGCACGGAACCGGCAACCCGUCGCAUCCGUGUCGUACAUCAUGGAAACACCAUUGCCGACUCGAGGAGAGGGUUGCUCGCGUGGGAACACGCGGCGUAUCCGCAAUACUACAUCCCUGAAGAGGACUUGAUGAACAUUCAAUCAUCCGAUGUCGGUCCCGUCGUCGCCUCAGAUGGCGUUGCCACGGGGCAAGUAUCCAGCUUCAAUGUCAUGGAAGUGCAAGGCGUAGACUUGCUCCGCGAGAACCGCCCUGGCUUUGGGCUCCCCUUUAAGAACCUGACGCGACCCGUUCGCGAGACAGAUCAGUGGCUCGAGGAAGACACGCCGAUCUAUGUUCAUCCCAAGAACCCCGACCUGCGUGUCGAGCUCCUCCAUUCCGGACGCAAGGUUCGUAUCGAGUACGACGGUCGACUUCUCGCCGAGUCUCCCUACUCGGUCCACCUCCUGGAGAGCCGCCUCCCAACGCGCUACUACAUCCCCUACACGGCCGUGGUCCAGGGGUCUGCGCAGCUGUUGAAAUCAGACACGGUGACCGAGUGCCCGUAUAAAGGCAUCGCAAGCUACUAUAAUGUCCGAAUCGAUCAUGCAACAACCUUGGAAGACGUAGUCUGGUAUUAUCGGCAUCCGACCGUUGAAUGCGCGGCGAUCGCCGGCAUGAUCUGUUUCUACAAUGAAAAGGUCAAGAUCUACGUUGAUGGAGAGCUUUCGGGGUCACCAUAG